AUGGCGACAGACGGCAUUUCUUCGUACAGGACGCAGCUGUUCAUCAACAACGAGUAUGUCGACGCAAAAUCCGGAAAGACCCUUGAUGUCUACAACCCCACUGAUGAAUCCCUGGUCUGUAAAGGGGUCCAUAUUGCCGGUGAAGCAGAUGUCGACGCAGCGGUUGACGCAGCAGUCGCGGCGUUCAAGAAAGGACCAUGGAACACCUACACUGCAGUGCAGCGGUCGGCUGUCAUGAAUAAAUUCGCGGAUCUCAUUGAAAGCAGGGUGGCCGAGUUUGUGCGACUGGAAACCUUGGCCAUGGGCGGUUCCUACGGCGUGCAAUCUUACGCCUGGGGUUUGGCUGCGCGAUGUUUUCGAUAUUAUGCUGGGUGGACCGAUAAACUGGCCGGCGAAGUCUAUCCUCCGGAAAAUGGGGAAUACCGAAUGGUCCGAUAUGAGCCCCUAGGUGUCUGCGCGGGUAUCGGUGCAUGGAAUGGGAGCUCCAUGUUGUUUGCCUGGAAAUGUGCACCUGCUCUUGCUGCCGGGAACGUGUUCAUUUUCAAGGCGUCAGAAAAGUCCCCGCUUGGAAUUGUCGCCCUGGGAGACCUGAUCAAAGAAGCGGGUUUCCCUCCAGGAGUCAUUCAAAUUGUCAAUGGCGCUGGAGAGACGGGGGGACUGCUUGCAAGUCAUAUGAAGAUAAACAAGAUCAGCUUCACCGGAUCGAUCAACGCUGGCCGUAAAGUCCAAGAAGCAGCGACGAAGAGCAACCUCAAACGUUGCACGCUUGAGCUUGGCGGCAAGUCUCCUGCCCUCGUGUUCAACGACUGCAACCUACAGAAUGCCGUCGAGAAAUGCGCGUUGGGUGUCCUCAUGAAUUCUGGUCAAGUGUGCAGCGCCGCUACCCGGCCUCUGGUACAAGAAGAAAUUGCCCCCAAGUUCAUUGAAUUGCUUAAGCAGCAAUUCGUGGGUGCUGGGAGCACCCUGGGAGCCGACCCUCUCAAGCCCGAGACCCUCUUCGGUCCCCUGGCGGAUAAAGCCCAAUUCGAGUCGGUGAUGUCGUUUAUCGAGAGCGGCAAGUCGAAGAGCGGAGGGGAGCUUCUGGUGGGCGGAAACAAGGUCGGAGAGAAAGGAUUCUUCGUUUCCCCCGCGAUUUUCCUGAAUCCGGACCUCGACUCCGACAUCUACAAGAAGGAGAUUUUCGGCCCGGUUGCUGCCAUCCGGACGUUCAAGACGGAAGAAGAAGCAAUCGAGCUUGCCAACGACACGACCUACGGCUUGUCUGCUUGCGUCUACACCACGAAUAUUGCCAAGGCACUCCGUGUCGCGGGUAAGCUUGAGGCAGGCACAGUGGCUAUCAACAACGCCUUCGUUCCCUCCAUAGAGGUUCCAUUUGGCGGGUACAAAAUGUCAGGCAUCGGUAGGGAAUCGGGCCGUCAUGGCUUGAUGGCGUACGUGGAAGUGAAGACCAUUUCGAUCAAGUAA